UCAUUGUGAAAGGAUGGAAAACAUUUCAGUGAUAACCUCUAUCAGAAGACCUUUAUCUUCUUUUCCAAUCAUUGCUUUGCUUUUAACCUCAUUGGUUGAAUGAAAGUUUUUUUGGAACGUCAAAAAUAUGGGUUUGACUGAAGCAGAACGUGCAAAAAGAUAUCGAGCAAAGAGAAAAGAAGAUAAAGGAAGGAAUGAAGCAUACAAGAUCAAACAAAAAAUGAGAAAUCAAAAAAGAAAAAAGGUCGCUGUUAUGACUGCAAAAGAACAUAGAGCUAUUAAGAGUUCAUGGAGGAAAUGGGAUCAAAAUAGAAGAAUUCGUGAAAAGGCACUGGCUAGUGUAUCAAAUACAUCUCCCGUAUCUGCUAGUGAAUCCUCAGGAAACAUCUCCAUGGAAGAAAAAGUCCUCUUGACAAAUUAUUCCAAAAUCAAUGAACGGAAUAAAAAGCUGGAAUUAAAAGUUCAAAUUUUAAAAAAUAAGGAGAUAGAGCUGCGGAGACGGCUUGCAAGUAAAACGAACCAAUGUAAAAGCCUCCAACAGAAGUUAAAAGACAAAGCUUUAGAGAUUAGAAAUAAGAUAAGUUCAUCAAAUGUUAAAGAUGAAAAAUUGGAAAAUUUAUCGAGCGUUUCUGAGGAGAGUUCUUUGAACCAUUGACAAUUUUCAGUAGUGAAGACCCAAACAGAAACUAUAGCUUUAGUCGAUCAUGAAGAAAAUAUAUUUUUGAAGAUACUUAUUUAUUAUGCGCUCUACCAAAAAUAUAUAAUUUAAUUUAUAAAAAAUAAUAGAUAAAAACAUACACUUAUUUUUGCAGACAAAUUAGAAACUUGCUGUCAAAAUGGCACAUAUCCAUAAAAUAAUUCAAGUGUUUUUAAGUUUAUAUUUUAAUUAUUGUGAACUAAAAACUAGUGUUCUCAUUCACAUUUUUAGAAUUCAUUCAAGUAUUAACUUCAUUUUUAAUAAGUUUGAUGAAUUAAAAUUUAUGUGAAACCAAAUGUGUUCAUAUUUUUAAGCAGGGAAUUGGUAUAAAACAACCAUUUGAAUGUGUAUUAGACCAUAUCAUAUAACGUUCAUUUUCAUAACCAGUCGCACGUAAUACUGAAUGGGUAUUUUUUUGUUUCAUAUCAUGUUUAUUUAGUGAUAUUGUAAAUAUGUAUAUGUAUUAUAUUUUAUUAUAAUAAAGCCAGAUUAUAUAAUUGUACUUGUUUUUUGAAUAAUAAAUAAUAAUUAAAUGAUGCAACCAUCAGCAACGGUAUUUAGGAACUA